GGUUUAAUUCUCAAUAAUGUCCAGUUAGACGGCUCAACAUAUGGAAUCCACGGCCAAGGCAGGAACAUUACUCUUAAAGGAGUAACGAUCACAAACACAGACUAUGCCAUAUAUGUAUCUGAUACUACAACCGAAUACCUUAACAUUAAUAUUACUAACAGUAAGAUGGACACAUCGUCAAAUACUGGAAUUCACAUUAAAACGUCAAGUAAUUCGAUCUUGAGAACUUUCAACAUAACAAUGAAGGACGUCGACAUUCGUAACACACGUGGCAAUGGAGCUGUGUACAUAUAUGGAGGUAGUAGCAAAGCAGGUGUUGUAUUUGAAAAUGUAACAAUUCAAGAUUUAUCCAGUCAUGGUGUUUACAUUUAUUACAGUGGUCACACUGAUAUCCAACUUCGUGGCUGUGAAAUUUCGGAAUACUCAUCUUACGCCAUUUAUGCCUACAUAAGACAUGGUAUGUUUGAACUUGGAGACUGUAUUAUCAAAAGAACCCGUAACCAGUAUUCGUAUGGUGUAUUCUACUACACCCCGUGGACCAAUUCCGGACCAAGAACUAUUUCAAUAUAUAACACUACAUUUAUGGACUACAAUUCACGCUACAAUUACGGGAUGGUUACUAUUAAUACACAAUCUUCAAGAUUUGGUUAUGAAGAGUCUUCCAAUAUAUCGAUUGUUAACAACACAUUUCGAUCAACAAGUUCGAGAGGAACCUAUGCUAUGGAUCUGUCAAAUAUCAACUAUUUUUCUUCAAUCAUAAUAGAGGGAAACAUUAUACAUGGAAUGAAUCGUGUGGCAUGUGUGAUUGGAUUAAAAGCCGGGAUUAGUGCCGUUGAUAUUAUCAAUAAUGUGAUCUCCGAGAGUAACGGAGCUUUAUCCCUGACAUCUGACCUUACAAGUGGCACGAGAAUCAUGAACAAUAGGUUCCUCUACAACUUUGGAAGCGACAAUGUCAUUAUCAAUCCAAGUACAAGAAACAACUGCACCAUCAGCUACAACGUCUUCUUGAAUAACAGCAAUAAUGCCGUGAGUCUUCAGAGAGUCCAGUCGGGUACAUUGUUGAACUACAACUUGUUUGAUAACAUUCAAGGAGAAGCUUAUU